ACACUCGACAACAAUACACCCUAAUUUCAACCCCACACAUAAGAAAUUAAUUACAAAGAUACUUUAAAAUGUCUAAACAAACUCAAAGAUACAUUUGUUUGGCGGGAUCCAUGAUGCGAAGGUUUCACACGGCGCAAUUUCCGCGAUGUGAUAAAGUAUCUAUGUCGAAUUUCGACUGUGGUAUUCCAUUGCCCUAUAAGAAGCUGAAGGAGACUCUGGAAUGCGUCAAGGCCAAGCUUAAAGGACCGCUGACCUUAUCCGAAAAGGUGUUGUACUCACAUUUGGAUCAGCCGGAUACACAGGAAAUCGUUCGAGGCAAGUCCUAUCUGAGAUUGCGUCCCGACCGCGUUGCUCUUCAAGAUGCCACUGCCCAGAUGACCCUUCUCCAGUUCAUCUCGUCGGGCUUGAAAAAGGUGGCAGUUCCAUCCACGGUGCACUGCGACCACUUGAUCGAGGCCCAAAUAGAUGGCAAAAAGGAUUUGGCCAGGGCAAAGGAUCUCAACAAGGAGGUGUUUGAUUUCCUAUCCUCGGCGUGCGCGAAAUAUAACUUGGGUUUCUGGAAGCCUGGUAGUGGUAUUAUACACCAGAUAAUUUUAGAGAACUAUGCCUUUCCGGGUCUGCUGAUGAUUGGAACCGAUUCGCACACACCAAAUGGCGGUGGUUUGGGUUGUCUUUGCAUUGGAGUCGGCGGUGCCGAUGCCGUCGAUGUGAUGGCCAACAUUCCCUGGGAACUCAAGUGCCCUACGGUGAUUGGAUGUCAUCUCACGGGUAAGAUCAGUGGCUGGACCUCCCCCAAGGACAUCAUUCUAAAGGUGGCGGAGAUCCUGACUGUCAAAGGAGGCACUGGUGCCAUUGUGGAGUACCAUGGACCUGGCGUGGAGUCCAUUUCCUGCACUGGCAUGGCCACCAUUACCAAUAUGGGCGCUGAGAUCGGAGCUACUACCUCGAUCUUUCCCUUCAACGAUCGCAUGGUUUCCUAUUUGUGUGCCACAGGUCGUGGUAAAAUCGCAGCAGAGGCCUUGAAGAAUAAAGAUCUCCUCACGCCGGAUAAGGGUUGCAAGUACGACAAGGUGAUUGAGAUCAAUUUGGACACACUGGAACCCCUGGUUAAUGGUCCAUUCACACCCGAUUUGGCCCAUCCCAUUAGCAAACUGGGCGAGAACUCCGAGAAGAAUGGCUAUCCAAUGGAUAUCAAAGUGGCUCUGAUUGGUUCCUGCACGAACUCCUCGUACGAGGAUAUGGGACGAUGUGCCAGCAUUGCCAACGAUGCCCUGAGUCAUGGCUUGGGGGCCUGUGUUCCAUUCAAUGUUACCCCGGGAUCGGAACAAGUUCGAGCCACCAUAGCGAGAGAUGGCUUCAUAGAUGUCCUGGAAAAGUUUGGUGGCACUGUGCUGGCAAAUGCCUGUGGUCCCUGCAUUGGACAAUGGGAUCGCAAGGAUGUGAAAAUGGGCGAAAAGAACACCAUUGUCACUUCCUACAACCGCAAUUUCACCGGGCGCAAUGAUGCCAAUCCGGCCACACACUGUUUUGUUACCAGCCCGGAAAUGGUUACGGCUUUAGCCAUCGCCGGACGUUUGGAUUUCAAUCCCCUGACGGACGAACUUGAGGGCAAGGAUGGCAAGUUGUUCAAACUAAAGGCUCCAACUGCUGAAGAGCUGCCUGCCAAGGGAUUCGAUCCCGGCGAGGACACCUACCAGGCUCCGCCCGAGAAAGGUGAUGACAUCAAGGUCAAUGUGGAUCCCAAGUCGGACCGUCUGCAAAUGCUGGCACCCUUCGAGAAAUGGGAUGGCAAGGACUACAUUGAUCUAUACGUUCUGAUCAAAAUCAAGGGCAAGUGCACCACGGAUCAUAUAAGUGCCGCUGGUCCUUGGCUGAAGUAUCGCGGUCAUUUGGAUAAUAUAUCCAAUAACAUGUUCAUUGGGGCCACCAAUGCCGAGAACAACGAGAUGAACAAGGUGAAGAACCAGAAGACUGGAAAUUUUGAUACCGUUCCAGCUGUAGCUAGGGACUACAAGGCCAACAAGCUGAGGUGGUGCGCUGUGGGUGAGGAGAACUACGGCGAAGGAUCCUCCAGGGAGCACGCCGCCUUGGAGCCCCGUCACUUGGGUGGUGUGGCCAUUAUUGUGAAGUCAUUUGCCAGAAUUCACGAGACCAAUCUCAAGAAACAGGGCAUGCUAGCCCUGACAUUCGCCACUCCCGGGGACUACGAUAAAAUCCAGCCUUCGAGCAAGAUCUCGCUGCUGAACCUCAAGGAUCUGGCUCCAGGCAAGCCUGUGGAGUGUGAGAUCAAGAAUAAUGGCAGUUCUAAUAAGAUCCAGUUGAACCACACCCUCAACGAGCAGCAGAUAAAGUGGUUCCAGGCCGGCAGUGCCUUGAAUCUCAUGAAGGAGCUGGCUGCCAAAGGUGGUGAGAAGAAGUAAUUUCCAUCUGCCUAUUUCAACUAAAUUUAUACGUUAUUUUAACUUAUGAUAUGAGCAUGAGUAAUUUUUAAACAUUAAAGUAAUUUUCAAAAAUUUUAAAUUGAA